UCCUUGGACCUGCUGGCCCCCGCCAGGUUCGGUCUUGUGAACGCAAGAUCUUUGACAAACAAAACGUUUAUCCUGAAGGAUUUCUUCACUUCCCGCAGACUUGACUUCCUCUGUGUGACGGAAACAUGGCUGGGAGCCGGUGAGUCCGCCCCUCUUAAUGAACUUCUGCCUCCGGAGUGUUCCUACUUUAAUUUUCCGCGGUCGUCCGGUCCAAAAGGAGGAGGAUUAGCAGUCGUAUUUAAAAAUGACUUUAAAUGCUUCGAACUGUGCAUGUCUGAGCUGGAGGGGGCGUGGCCUCCAGUUCCAGGUGAAUUUCGGGAGAUUUUCGGGAGAAAAUUUCUUCCGGGAGGUUUUCGGGAGAGGCGCUGAAUUUUGGGAGUCUCCCGGAAAAUCCAGGAAGGUUGGCAAGUAUGAUGCUAUAUGUUAUUAGUAUAUUUUGUACAGUUCUCACAGCAUGCCUAUGAACAUUAAAUGCCUAUUGAAAAAAAAUUACCUUUUUUUUGGUAAUUUCUACUGGGAGUAACUACAAUUACGACUUGUGAGGCUACCACUCGGCCAACAUCACAAGACAAGACAGAAGUGCUGAUGUAUAAAACAAAUAACGCUACCAACCUUGUUAACUUGCUUCGCCUGACACCAGUUCUGUAGCCUCUUUGGCCUGAAUGCGUCGUCAUACUGCCGAUGGAAAAGCACGUACUUAAAAUAUACAUUUGAGAAAUAAAAAAUUAUUACUUGUUCGAAUUAAUUCUGAACGAUAUUUACCUGGUUUGCUGAGUAGCAGGUGGACAUAUUUGCAUCUACACUGGAAUUUACGGCUGAGUUUGUUUGGCUGCCUGGUUGCAUAACAACUCGGUCAUGUGACUUACGUUAGCGUGAUGUCGACAACACAAAGUCACGUUGUCACACUUGUAGCAAAGGAAAGAAACUAUAGCAGCGCUAUGUCACUCAGUUAGCCAUGAUGUAUGUUUUAUUUAAGGGGAACAUCAUCAUAUCCAGCUUAAUAGGGCAAUAACGCUCCCUUCUGCUGGAGGUCAUACUGUUUGAUAUUCUUCAUCUCAUUUUUCCACAAUAGCGAUCGUAAUAACCAUAAGACUAGAUGCGUAGCUUAAAAGCUGCUAGCUUAUCUCAUUAGCAUAGUGUAGACCAUCUCCUGGACACUGGACGCUUCUGGCAUCUCAAAUAAAGCAGUCAUGGCGUCAGGCCUGUUCGGUCUUGUCCUCCUAAACUAUUGUGCCAUUUUGGCCACCAAUGUGUUCGCGGACGAUGACGCGUGUCUAGCCUACAAGCAGGAUUUGACCAGCGAAUAUCACCCCUAUGACCAAUGUUUUGGAGAAUUCUGCUGUGGUGAGUGCCGGCAUCGGUAUUGCUGCACCAACAAUAGAUAUCGUUUCUCUGCGGAUGAUCAAAAACAGUGCGAUAGUCAUCCAUUCUUGUCAGUGUUGAUCUGCUUGAUCGGCGGUUGUUUCUUUGGUAUGGUGGUGUGCGACUUAUGUUUGUGCAAGCUGUACCGCAGGCUCAGGCCUUUGGUUGCACCAAUCACCCUCACCACGGUUCUGGCCACCACCGCUCGGCUUUUCCCCCGACAACCAACGGCAUUGCGCAGGCAACCCCACCCCUAUCAGAGGGCCCCCGAUCCAGCCCAUCAACCUGUACCAAUCCAGCCAGUACCGCGGCCAAUGCCCACCAUACCUCACCCAGGACCACCGGUCACACUGGGACCACCGCCAACGUAUCAGGAAGCCACGGGACCACCACCAACGUAUCAGGAAGCCAUAGGACCACCGCCAUCGUAUCAGGAAGCCACGGACCCUGCCUUCCCUUGCCACCCGAUGACUUACAGCCAAAGUCAAGGCUCCCAACCCAUUGCACCCGCAAGCCAACGCUCCGAGGGGCCGGACAGACUACCUGGCUGAGCCCACGUACAACCCAGCUUCUGGUUAACUGUCUCGCUGGUCAGCUGCGACAUCCCGAAGGAACAUUUGUAAAGUCAUAAUUUACCUUUCUUCGUUGAAGGAUGCUCAGAUGAGGCUUUCAAUAACUUGAGCCGAUUGGACAACAAGCUUCUAGCAUGCUCCGGCACAAGAAACCACCUGCUGGCAGGAUGUAUAAUUACAAACUUCUCUAUCUUUACCACAUAAUGUGAUUCAUUGAAUGUUUGUGUCUGUUAAAGCUUUUGGAAAAGACUAUCACAAUUAAUGCUCUACCAAUUGGAUUUUCUAGUUAAAUCUACACAUGUAUAGUAAAAUAUGUUUUAAUAUGUUAUUAAAUAGUUUUUUACCGUUGCUCUCCAAUAAUGCUGCUAUUUAUAUAUUUAUUUUUUGAUAGACAUGCACCUGGGGAUAGGUUGAUUGGCAACACUGAAAUUGACCCUAUUGUGUGAAUGUGAGUGUGAAUGUUGU